CGCGCUGCAAAAUUUAGAAGGCGGUUGAGAAUUGCAGACCUCAGCUCGUCCUUUGAAACACGAUCCAAACGUGGAACGGGACAACUCCUUCAGUCGAUCCGAGCGCGCGACAAUGAAGCGCAAAGCCGACAAUAUCGAGCCAGCCGCUCCCAAUGGAUCCAAGAAGAAGCAGGCAACUGAAGAAGCCGGCGUUGCAAGUCACUUUAGCCCCGGCCUUUUCGACUCCGAGACUGUCAAACGAUACACGGAUGAAUAUGCAGCUUCCGAGCCCUACAGGCAUGCUGUCGUCUCCAGAUUGAUCGAUGAAACCUUACUUCGCUCCGUCCGUUCCGAGAUCCUAGACAACAUCCAUUUCACGCCAAAGGAAACGGACAUCUACAAGAUCCACCAGUCCGGCGACUUGGCCAAUCUCGAUGGACUGCCGGAGUCCGCGUUGGGGAAAUUGCCGUCUCUGCUGCGGUUGCGGAAUGCCUUGUACAGCCAUGACUUCCGGACUUGGCUCUCGACGGUCACCGGAGCGGGAGCCCUGUCGGGAACGAAGACCGAUAUGGCCGUCAAUGUCUAUGUGCCUGGCUGUCAUUUGCUGUGCCACGACGAUGUGAUUGGAAGUCGCAGGGUCAGCUAUAUUCUGUAUUUGAACGAUCCAGAUGUUCCUUGGGAGGCUGGAUGGGGUGGCGCACUUCGACUCUAUCCUACAGAGCAGCUUCAAGACGACUCUGGCAAGACGGUCAAGCUCCCUACAUCGGACUGGAGUCGAUCGAUUCCACCAGCAUGGAACCAACUGUCUUUCUUCGCUGUACAACCAGGCGAGAGCUUUCACGACGUUGAGGAAGUUUACAAACGACGCGACGGCGAAAAUGGCAAGGAUGGCGGUAGGGUUCGAAUGGCCAUCAGUGGUUGGUUUCACAUUCCACAGGAAGGCGAAGAGGGAUUCGAGCCCGGUCUGGAAGAAAAGAUGGCGGAAAGAAGCUCUCUCCAGCAAUUGCAAGGAAAGGCAGAUGAGUUUGACGAGCCGCAGCUGCAAUGGCAUCAACCCGGAAAAGACAAGGUCAACGAUGAAGACGAAACGCCAGAGCUUUCUGAACAAGAUCUGGAGUUUCUGCUUCAGUACGUGACGGCCAAUUAUCUGACCCCAGACACUGUCGAGGAACUCAACGACCUGUUUACCGAGGAGUCGAUGGCACAACUGAGCGAUUUUCUCAACGCCAAAUUCGCCGAACGCUUGAGGAAAUGGCUGACCGAUGAUGAAGCACGCAAACUGCAGGAGGCAGCAUUCACAACCUCACGACCACCGCACAAGCAUCGAUACCGGUUCCUACACAGUCAGCCGUGGUCUUCAACAAGCAGUGAAAACGCCAACCCCUUUGUGCUCCUCCUCAACGACCUCCUACCGAGCACUGCCUUCCGAAAAUGGUUGUCUCUCGUGACAGGCCUCACGCUAAAGCAAUGCUCUGUGAUUGCACGCAGAUUUAGACGAGGGCUGGACUAUGAGCUUGCUCAAGCGUAUGAAGGCGAGGAUCCGCAGCUGGAGUACUGUCUAAGCAUCACCCCGACCUCUGGAUGGGUCGAUGGCGACGACCCGGAUGAGGAAGCCAACGGGCAAGCAAAGUCGCAGGACCCGGAAACAGAGUCGGACAACGUCGGUGGCUACGAGCUCUACAUGGCCAGUGAUGAGCCAGAGGACGACGACGCUUCCGACGGUGGUGUGGAAAUUCCCGCUAAGCUGCAAUCGCAGACUGGCGCCGGUGACCGACGAACUGCAUCGCAGAAGAAAGUCGACCCGGCCAUCUACAAGGCUGCGGCGGAUGAUGAGGACGAUGGAAUCAUCAUUAGCAAUCCGGCGAGCUGGAACACUCUUAACCUCGUUCUUCGCGAUCAAGGGACGCUGCGGUUUGUGAAGUAUGUUUCGCAGAGCGCCCCAGGCGAUCGGUGGGACUUUACUGGUUGUGUACAAGUUGAGCCUGAAGAUGAUGAUGAUGAUUGAUUGUAGCGAUGAGAUACUUGACGUUUCAU